AUGACACUGGAGAAGCCCACUGUGCGUUGGUACAUUGACUACGUGAACACUGAGUCUUUCCGUCUGAGUCACAAUGGCUUGUACAUGGUUGCAGGGGAACUGGAGCUCGGUACUGACGGUGACAACAUUUUGAUAGAUAUUACGAGUGAGCUGUGGUCGGCCUGGUAUUUUUCCGGGGAUUAUAUCGUGAGCAGCGUGAACGAUUAUAUUCUUGUGGACUACUCUUCGUUUGGUAUUGUCAAGUUGAUGGUGCAGGGGAAAUUCGAAGUAUACGAGGAUCAGAAGUGGACAUUCACAGAUUGUGAGUACUAG